CGGGGAGGGGGCUGGUCCGGGGCUGCCCCAGCUUGGCCGGCCGCGGAGCGGGGCGCAUGGCGCCGUGCGCACUGCGCGGGGGCUGCGAACAAAGGGCCCCCGGCGGCGCAGGGGGCACCGGCGCGCUCGGACCCCGACCCUGGCCCAGCCCCGGCCCGGCCCCGUCCCUGGGCGCCGCGCCCCCGCGGAGCCGAAAAAUGUGGGGCGCCCUGCUCUGCCCGCUGCUGUGGCGCCUGCUGCUGCUGCUGUCGCCGCGGGACGGCGUGUGCGCCGCGCCCCAGGCCCCGGCCUACUUGAUUGCUGCACCCUCUGUCUUCCGCUCGGGAGUAGAGGAAGUCAUCAGUGUGACCAUCUUUAACUCCCCCCGAGAAGUCAUGGUCCAGGCUCAGCUGGUGGCCCAGGGCGAGGAGGUGGCAUGGAGCCAGGGAGCCAUCCUGGAUAAAGGGACAAUCAAACUCAAGGUGCCCACGGGCCUCCGGGGCCAGGCCCUCCUGCAGGUGUGGGGCCGCGGCGGGCGGGCGGAGGAGGGCCCCCUCUUCCACAACCAGACCUCCGUGACUGUGGACGGCCGGGGCGCCUCCGUGUUCAUCCAGACUGACAAGCCGGUGUAUAAGCCCCGACACCGAGUGCUCAUAAGCAUCUUCACUGUCACCCCAAACCUGAGGCCCGUCAGCCAGAAGCUGGAAGCCUACAUUCUGGACCCCAGGGGCUCGAGGAUGACAGAAUGGAGACACUUGGAGCCGUUCUGCUGUGGUGUGGCCAACAUGACCUUCCCCCUGUCUGACCAGCCGGUGCUGGGAGAAUGGUUCAUUUUCGUCCAAGUGCAAGGCCACGUGUACAACAAGUCCUUCGAAGUUCAGAAGUAUGUGUUGCCGAAAUUUGAGCUCCUUAUUGACCCGCCCCAGUAUAUCCGGGACCUGGACAUAUGCGAGAAGGGCACUGUGCGGGCCAGGUAUACCUUUGGGAAACCUGUCUCGGGGACCUUAACGAUCAAUAUGACUGUAAAUGGUGUGGGGUACUACAGCCAGGAGGUGGGGCGCCCCGUCCUCAGAACCAUAAAGAUCCACGGCUCCCAGGACUUCGACAUCUGUGUGAAGGACAUGAUCCCCGCCGAUGUCCCCGAACACUUCCGGGGCACCGUCAGCAUCUGGGCCACAGUGACCAGUGUGGACGGGAGCCAGCAGGUGGCAUUUGACGCCUCCACCCCUGUCCAGAGGCAGCUGGUGGACGUCCGCUACUCCAAGGACACUAGAAAGGAGUUCAAGCCGGGCCUGUCCUACGUGGGGAAGGUGGAGCUGUCCUACCCGGAUGGCAGCCCAGCUGAGGGGGUGACGGUCCAGAUCAGGGCAGAGCUGACACCGAAGGACAACAUCUACACCAUCGAAUCUGUAUCCCGGGGAGGGCUGGUGGGGUUUGAAAUCCCCUUCAUCCCCAUGUCAGCCCAACACGUGUGGCUGGAGACCAAGGUGGUAGCAUUCAAUGGAAAGCCCGUGGGGGCCCAGUACCUGCCCAGCUACCUGUCUCUCAGCAGCUGGUACUCCCCCAGCCAGUGCUAUCUGCAGCUACAGCCACCUUCCCGCCCCCUGCAGGUCGGAGAGGAAGCCCAUUUCCCCAUGAAGUCCACGUGUCCCUGCAACUUCACCCUGUACUACGAGGUGGCUACGCGGGGCAACAUCGUGCUCUCGGGCCAGCAGCCCGCGCCCCUCACCCACCAGAGAAGCAGGCGGGUGGCCCCAGAGACACCCAUUCGCUUAAUGCACCUUUCGGAGACAGAGCCCCCUCCUGCCCCAGCAGCCGAGGUCAACGUGUGUGUGACCUCCCUCCGGCUGGCCGUGAGCCCCAACAUGGUCCCCCUGGGCCGCCUGCUCGUCUUCUAUGUCAGGGAGAAUGGUGAAGGGGUUGCCGACAGUCUCCAGUUUGCUGUUGAGACCUUCUUUGAAAACCAGGUUUCACUGACGUAUUCGGCAAACGAGACCCAGCCCGGGGAGGUUGUUGACCUGCGGGUCAGGGCUGCGAGGGGCAGCUGCGUGUGUGUCACGGCAGUGGACAAGAGCAUCUACCUGCUCAGGUCUGGGUUCCAGCUGACUCCGGCCCAGGUUUUCCGGGAAUUGGAAGAUUAUGAUGUUUCUGAUGCCUUCGGGGCAUCCCGGGAGGAUGGGUCCUUCUGGUGGGCUGGACUGGCGGCCCGACGACGCCGGCGCUCUUCCAUCUUCCCGUGGCCCUGGGGCAUCACCAAGGACUCCGGGUCUGCCUUCACUGAAACGGGCCUGGUGGUGAUGACCGACCUGGUGAGCCUGAACCACCGACAGGAUGGCGGCCUAUACACGGAUGAGGCUGUCCCUGCCUUCCAGCCCCACACAGGAAGCCUGGUGGCAGCGGGCUCCUCCAGACAACCCCCCAGAGCAGAGAAGACGAAAAGGACCUUCUUCCCAGAAACAUGGAUUUGGCGUUGUCUGAACAUCAGUGACCCGUCCGGCGAGGAGACGCUCAGCAUGCAGGUCCCGGACUCCAUCACCAGCUGGGUGGGUGAGGCUGUGGGUCUGUCCGAGGCUUGGGGCCUGGGUGUCGCCGCGCCUGCCCUGCUGAAGACCUUCAAGCCCUUCUUUGUCGACUUCACGCUGCCCCCCUACGUGGUCCGCGGGGAGCAGGCCAAGAUCCCCCUCAGUGUCUACAACUACAUGGGCGCCUGUGCCGAGGUGUACGUGAAGAUCUCAGUUCCCAAGGGCAUCCGGUUUAUCGGGCAUCCAGGCAAACGCCAUCUGACCAAGAAGAUGUGCGUGGCCUCUGGGGAGAUGGAGCCCGCCUGGGUGGUUCUGUCCUUCAGUGACCUGGGACUCAGUAAUGUCACAGCCAAAGCCCUCGCUUACGGAGAAACAAGCUGCUGCCGGGACGGGCAGUCCAUCAAACACUUGGAGGAGAGCUUCGCUGACAGGCGGGUCCCCGCCGGGAGGGAUCACAUCAGGCGCAGUGUGAUGGUUGAGCCGGAAGGAGCCCCCCGUGCGUAUACCUACAGUGCUUUCUUCUGUCCCAACGAGAGAGUCCACAUCUCCACACCCAACAAGUAUGAGUUCCAGUAUGUGCCACGGCCGCUGUGUCUCACCCGUUUUGAUGUGGCUGUGCGAGCCCACAAUGAUGCCCGAGUGGCCUUGUCCCCCGGGCCCCAGGACACAGCAGGCAUGAUAGAGAUCGUCCUGGGGGGGCACCAGAACACCAGGUCCUGGAUCUCCACCAGCAAGAUGGGCGACCCUGUGGCCAGCACACACACGGCAAAGAUCCUGUCCUGGGAUGAAUUCAGAACAUUCUGGAUCAGCUGGCAUGGCGGGUUCAUCCAGGUUGGCCAUGGUCCAGAGCCUUCCAAUGAGUCUGUCAUCAUGGCCUGGACCCUCCCCAGGCCACCAGAGGUCCGAUUCAUCGGCUUCUCCACUGGCUGGGGCUCGGUGGGUGAGUUCCGCAUUUGGAAGAAGGUGGAAGUGGACGAGAGCUACAGUGAAGCCUUUACCCUGGGAGUCCCGCACAGCGCCAUCCCUGGGUCUGAGCGGGCAGUGGCCUCCGUCAUAGGAGACGUCAUGGGACCAACCCUGAACCACCUCAGCAACCUCCUGCGGCUGCCCUUUGGCUGCGGAGAGCAAAACAUGAUCCACUUUGCACCCAACAUCUUUGUCCUGAAGUAUCUGCAGAAAACCCAGCAGCUCAGCCCCGAGGUGGAGCGAGAGACCACGGACUACCUGGUACAAGGCUACCAGCGGCAGCUGACCUACAGGCACCAGGACGGCUCCUACAGUGCAUUCGGGGAGCGGGACGCAUCAGGGAGCAUGUGGCUCACGGCCUUUGUCCUGAAGUCCUUUGCCCAGGCGCGCAGCUUCAUCUUCAUCGACCCCCAGGAGCUGGCGGCUGCCAAGGGCUGGAUCGUCCGGCAGCAGCGGGUGGACGGCUCCUUCCCGGCCGUGGGCAGGAUCCUGAACAAGGACAUCCAGGGUGGGAUCCACGGCACAGUCCCGCUGACGGCCUAUGUGGUGGCUGCGCUCCUGGAGACGGGCACGGCCUCGGAGGAGGAGAGGAGCGCCAUUGCCAGAGCGCGGCACUUCCUGGAGUCCAGUGCGCCCUUGGCCGUGGACCCCUACAGCAGCGCCCUGACCACCUACGCGCUGACCCUGCUCCGCAGCCUGGCAGCCCCUGCAGCGCUGCGGAAGCUCCGCAGCCUGGCCAUCACGCAGGAUGGGGUCACCCACUGGAGCCUGACGGGUUCCCGGGAUGUGGACAAGGAUGCAUUCCUGAGCUUCAGCGAUGGGGUCUCUCGGUCAGUGGUCUCGGCCGAGGUGGAAAUGACAGCCUAUGCCCUGCUGACCUACACCCUCCUGGGUGACGUGGCCACCGCCCUGCCCGUGGUGAAAUGGCUGUCCCAGCAGCGGAACGCGCUUGGGGGCUUCUCCUCCACUCAGGACACCUGCGUGGCUCUGCAGGCCUUGGCAGAGUAUGCCAUCUUGUCCUAUGCUGGCGGCAUCAACCUCACCGUCUCCCUGGCCUCCACCAACUUGGACUACCAGGAGACCUUCGAACUGCACAGGGCCAACCAGAAGGUUCUGCAGACAGCGGCGAUCCCCAGCCUCCCCACGGGGCUGUUUGUGAGCGCCAAGGGUGAAGGCUGCUGCCUGAUGCAGAUUGAUGUCACCUAUCACGUGCCGGACCCCGUGGCCAAACCAGCCUUCCAGCUUCUUGUGAGUCUCCAGGAGCCAGAGGCUGAGCCGCGGCGGACGCCUGCUCCCGCCUCCGCUGAUGACGACGACCCGGCGGCCGACCAGCAUCACCAAGAGUACCAGGUGACUCUGGAGGUGUGCACCAGGUGGCUGCAUGCAGGGUCCUCCAAUAUGGCUGUCCUGGAGGUGCCCCUACUCUCGGGCUUCCGGGUGGACAUCGAGAGCCUGGAGCAGCUGCUCUUUGACAAGCAUUUCACGCUGAAGAGGUACGAGGUGGCCGGACGCAGAGUCCUCUUCUACUUUGAUGAGAUCCCCAGCCGGUGCCUGACCUGCGUGCGGUUCCGGGCGCUGCGUGAGCAUGUGGUGGGCAGGACGUCCGCGCUGCCCGUCUCUGUGUACGAUUACUACGAGCCUGCCUUCGAAGCCACGCGCUUCUACAACGUCAGUGCCCGAAGUCCGCUUGCCCAGGAGCUGUGCGCGGGGCCCGCGUGCAACGAGGUGGAGCGCGCCCCGGCUCAGGGCCCCGGCUGGUCCCCCGGCGCGCGGGGUCCUGCGGCCGCCCCGGAGGAGGGGGCGAAGAUUGCGCGCUGUGGCUGCGCCCGCUACUGUCGCGCCGGCGGGGACCCGGUGUGCGGCUCCGACGGAGUCGUCUACACCAGCGCCUGCCACCUGCAGGAGGCUGCCUGCCUAGGCCGCGCGAGAUUGGAGCCCGCGCCCCCUCGCCGCUGUGCCCUCGAGCAGCCGACACCGGCCUCUGCCUCCUACAGCUAUGACUAUGACCCAGCUCCCCCAGACGCUGGGCACCUGGCAGCCGGCCAUGGCCAUGAGGUGAUGGACUUGGAGGGGGAGGCAGAGGACAGUCAGAGUGGCUUCUCUUCCUAACGCUCCGAGCAGGAGGACUUGAUCUGGCUGCGUCCUGUCCCUGUCGGCCCCACCGGAAGGGGGCCACUGAUGGGAGAGUUCCCUUAACUCUCUGGUGGGCUGGCGGACCCCACCCCAGGUGACCGCAACCCAGCCUCUAAAUGAACCUGAUACACAGAACGCA